UGGACAAUUGAAUCCUUUAGAUGUCAGUUCAACCCACUUGAGACAAUUUGGGUACUUUUUUUUCAUUUCUUCUGGAAGUAAUUGAGCUGCAAUAUUAAUUUGUGAAUUUAUAUAGUUAGAAAUGUAUUAUUACGGCUUCACUGCUACACUAUUUACAUUUCCAUUUGCCACAGCCCCAAAAUUAGUCUAUAAAAUAUGACACUGACACUGUGAUCUAAUGCUGUAAUUUGAAAAUGUAUAAACUGAAAAACAUCAGUAGUUCUCCAUGUCAGAAAUUUUCUAAUAAAUACCUGAUGAGCUGAAUCUGCUCUUUGAGAGCAGAGAAGCAUUAAAUGCUGCAGUGAGAAUCAACAUCUCCUGAUGGUGACUUAUACAGAUGUAGGGACGCUAAGACCCAGCAGUGCCUCUUCUCCCUCACUGAGGUCUACAGUCAUCAGCAGCUCUAAGUUCUCCAUCAGAGAGGCUGUAGAGAGGCAGGACGCAGACGUGCAGGUUCAUCAGUGACACCAGCACACACCCUGCAAGAAAAAAACACAUUCUGAAAGUGGAUCAAGAAGAACCCUGACCAUGGAUGCUCUGCUGUCUUAUUUGCGCAACUUUUCGGGUCUUUUAUUGUUUAUUUUUGCAGUAACCAGGUUCUUUGGACUUGCAUGAUAAUUUUUUAUACCUCAUUUACAGAAAAAUGUCUCUGAAUCAAACUGAAUGACCUUUUUUUUUUUUAGAGAGAGAGAUUUAAGGUUUAAGACCUUGGACGCAUCAAGCAAGCAAUGCUUUGUUUUAAAAGCAGUAUGAAGAUGCAAAAGUGUUCUGCGCUGAUAUGAGAAGAAAAUAUAAAAAGCACCAGUCCGUGUGCCUUUCCUGCCUGCUAUGGAGCACUUCAACCCACCUCCAGCAAAUUAUGACUUGGACACGAAUGUCUCCAACAAUGCUUCGGACGCGUCCAAAACAGCCGCAAAAGAGACAAGUGUGGCUUUCCAGGCGGCUGUGGGCUCGCUCCUCGGUGCCACUACGCUCGCCACGACUCUCUCCAACGCGUUCGUGAUCGCCACCAUCUCCCGCUCGAGGAAACUGCACACGCCGGCCAACUUCCUGAUCGCGUCCCUGGCGCUCACCGACCUCCUUGUGUCGGUGCUGGUGAUGCCCGUGAGUGCGCUCUACACGGUGAGCCACACGUGGACACUAGGGCAAGUCGUGUGCGAUAUCUGGCUGUCGUCGGACAUCACCUGUUGCACGGCAUCUAUACUUCACCUGUGCGUCAUCGCCUUGGAUCGCUACUGGGCUAUCACGGACGCGGUGGAGUACGCGAAAAGGCGCACGACAAGCCGCGCGGCUGCCAUGGUGGCGACAGCCUGGGUGAUCGCCAUCUCCAUCAGUCUGCCUCCGUUUUUCUGGCGCCAGGUGAAAGCGGGAGAAGUGACGAGCUGCGAGGUGAACACGGAUCACGUCUUCUACACCAUCUACUCCACGUUCGGUGCGUUCUACAUCCCUACGCUUUUACUCAUCGCCCUGUACGGGAGGAUCUACGUGGAGGCCAGGCGGCGGAUCUUAAGACAGUCGCCCAGAAAGUUUGGGAAGAGACUCACGUCAGCGCAGUUGGUCUCAAACUCACCAGGAUCGACGUCUUUGACCUCGGCGCGGCAGGACGACGCAGGCUCGGUGAUCAGCGACAGCCAGGUCAAAAUCACCGUCUCCGACUCGCUUUUGGAGAAAAAGAGGAUUUCUGCGGCCAGGGAAAGGAAAGCCACGAAAACUCUGGGCAUCAUUUUAGGAGCGUAUAUAGUCUGCUGGCUGCCGUUCUUUAUCUACUCCCUGCUGGUGCCCCUGUGCCCCUCAUGCCAUGCGUACCCAGAGUUAUUCGACUUCUUUACAUGGCUCGGCUACCUCAACUCUCUCAUCAAUCCCAUCAUAUACACAAUGGCGAAUGAUGACUUUAAAACAGCUUUCCAAAAGCUUGUGAGCUUUCGAUUUUGCGUGUCCUGAUGUAAAGUGGCAAAUUUGGACAGAAAAAAACUCUAAUGCAGGAUUAAAUCAGCAUUGACAUAGUCACAGAGUCAGGCGUCAUCAUGUCCGACUUGUAUCACCCUGCGCAAACAGUAGCCAACAAAGCAUGCAGCAGUAUUGUGUGUGUGUGUGUGUGUGUGUGUUUGUGUGUGUGUGUGUCAGUGUUGCAUUGUGGUUAUUUUGCAUUCAAUAAAAAAAUUUCACGGUAAAUAGCUAUUAUAUUAUUGCUGCUAAGCAACCGGUGAAUACUGAGAGGAAAUAAAUCACUGAGCGCUGAAUCAUCGGUGCAGCUGUAAUAUAAUGUAUUCUUUUCUUCCAUCAUUUCAUCCAUCCUUGUUUCCCAGUACCCUUACUUGAUACAUUCUAAAAGCUAAAUAUCUGAUCAGUUCAAUAAAACAUAUCUAGUGGCAAAUAUAAUAUUAGAGAAUUCACAUCAGGAUCAAAUACACUUGUCAGCAGUGUGGCAGAUUUUUAUUCAGGUAGCUUACACACAAGACAUGCUUAAUGUCCACUACUGAGAAAGAAAAAAAGAUUUCAUAAUCCAUGUAAACUGUUUUCCCAUCAGUAAACAGUGUUUGUCCUAAGUGUGUGUGCAUCCAGAUUGGCCUGUGUGUAUUGAGUUAAAAUUACAGCAAAUCAGCUUAAUUCAAUGAGAAGUCAUAUUAUCCCAGACAGUCAUAUUAUCUACUAACCACUGGCCUUAAUCAAAAGAUCCCAGAAA